AUGGAAUUGAGUUUGUAUGGUUCACAGAUUAGCCUGGCAACGCGCGAGAAAACCACCACAAACCAAUACCGGGAGCGGCCAGGUUCGGCACUGCAGCACCCGACCCGUCCGUGCUCUGCAGCCGGAGCGCACAUCAGGCGUCCCCUGUCGGCGGACAGUACGCAAUAUCGCUACCGGAAGCGGCCAUCUUCUAGCGGAAGUGCGGUGGACGUACCACGCCAAACUACUUCACCAUUCCACCAACGGAGUACAUCUUCGUCCAGCUUACUGCUGAAAAGUCUUCUAGCGGAACCGAUACCACGCUACUGGGAAUCGAAGUCGCUGUCACGAUCAACUCAGAUUGCUUCAACGCGCGGGUCUUCCUGUAGCAGCGCGGAACGCAUUCGGCAACAUAGACGAUAUCAAACGCUAGUUACGGAGAGCACUGUACGGCCCGUAGUGAAGACGAAAACUCGAAAGCGAUCCGGCUGUGGUUGUGCAUCGAAGAGAAGUAAACAGAAAUCCAACACCGAUCGACGAAGAAGGCGUGACAGUACCGAAGAGGAAGAUCCUGAUCGAGACGAGGCUGAGAGCACGAUGGACGAAAUGGACGACACGCAGGAAUCCAACAACGAGGCAGAACUGGAAGGUAUUUGGAGAGGCAAACCCAACGCGGGUAGUAAUCGGGAGGAGAAAAAACGCUCACCUCCACUACCGAUGGUUGCGUUGCCGCUCAACAGGAAAGCAAUCGAAAUCGGUUCCUGCGGUGCUUUGAAAAAGAAUAAUACAUCCCCGGAAAAGCAAUCGCGCAAGAUGGACCUUCCUGGGAGGGUUUCCUUCAGCUCGAACGAACCGUACGAGAUUGAUUAUAGUGAUUUCGAGGAGAAUGAGUACGGUUGCUCAAAGGAUGCUCAAUCGAAGCAGGCGCGGAAAACUAAAGAUCCAAGCAACAAGAAACCAUCGUUUUCUAGCGCGCUGUACGACGAACGAAUGUUCCAAGAGGGUUCCGUAUUGGAAGAAGUUUCGGUGCGGUUCGGGAACGUGAAAUUUGAAGAAGACGUUACAACGAGCUCGGGUUACGAGACAAAAUGUGAUGAAAAUGCGAAAGCUACCUUGAGAAAGAGGGCGGCAACCGUAACGGUAGCGUCUCCAUCGCCGGUUAGUGAUGUGCGCGAGUCGAACAAAAUCAUAGAAGAGUACAAAAAGGAGAUCGAGGAUCUUAACCGGCGGCACGAUAUGGAGCUGCGAAUGGCCGUGCGAGAUGUGAACGACGUACCGAUGCCAUCCAAACCUUACGAUCCCAAAUGUUUCACACCCUCCGAUACACCAGAAGAUCUGUUUGCCAACUCGGUAUCGACAAAGGCGAUCGAGAGUACCACGGAAGAUACGGAUGUGGAGCCGGACCGGCCGGCUUGUCGUACGACAAGCCUGCUGGAGAAAAACGUCAUUAAUGAGUACUACGAGUGUAUCAAUGAGAUAAUAACAGAACAGUCCCCAACCAGACGGCCACAGAACCGGCACACACUGCCAGCUUUGGGGGGAGGUUCGGACGAAAAGGAAGACACGAUCCAGCAUAAUUUGAAUAAUGAAUGUACCAAGAGCGCUCCCAAGGAGAAACAAUUUGCAUCGGGUGUAGUGUCGUCUGGCAAGGGAAAAUCCACCAAUACGGACAAAAACCGGCUGGACGCUAGCUCCAAUCCAGUGAUCAAGAAUUACUUCAAAGUGAAGGAACAGAACAUUGUGAGCGCUAGUGCGAGCAGUUUGGCGAGUGGUAGUGGUAGCAGCACUACCGGCAGUAAGUCAGGACACUCCAAGAACUCAUUGGCUUCCAAGAGAAAUGGUAAGGAGAAGCCAAAGUCAGCCGAUACACACAAGUCUAUACUGCGCAACUCCAAGAAACAGAACAACAACGUCAGCACGGUUGGGAUGGGUUCGAAUGCUAGUGCUGGAUCGGGGAAAUUUUCGUCCGGUUUGUGUCGAGAAGAUAGCAACAUAUCCGAAUUUCACAUGGAUAAGGUUGUGAGCUGGAUGUCUUGCAACGAGGAUACGUUUCCGGCAAUACCCGAUGUACCCGUGCUCGAUGAUGUGGGUACUGCCGAACAGCAGCGCAAGUGCCCUGUGGGUGAGAAUAGUUCUACAUUGUCCAGGCAAGACUCGGCAGAUAGAUCUCCAAGUUACGGUGUCAGCUUCGAUAGCGUACCCAGACAAAGAACUGACCAACCUGAAGAGUUGGUUAGUAGCGCACAGUCGAACUACGAUGAUGAGUCUGUCGUAAGCGGAAGUGCCAAACAAAAGACGGAUUUUCAAGCACUAAAGAAUGAGGUCGAAUACAGAUUGAGCAACAUAUUGGACUGCACCGAUUCGCAGGUCAGCUCAGGUUGCGAAGGUGAACCAUCCGACCAACCCGCCAAAGGCAAGGUGAAAGACCUAUUCUCGUAUCUCGAUCAAGUCGAGCUGAAGUGUGAGAAGAGUGCUUUCAAAGGAGCCGCAGGAUCCACGGUAGUGUUACCCUCAGAAUCUGAUCGUUCCGAGCUGGAUUUCGCUGCCGAACCGGAUUAUAUUGAAGCUGUACCGAAAAUGAACGAUCUGUUGGAGCUUCCUCCUCAUCAGCUUGCCCGGAGAGUGAUCAAGCUGUCACUUCGUGCCAACGAGUUGAGCAACGCCAUGCAACUGUCCAAAAAUCACAUCGCCACAGUGAGAGCGGACAAGGCGAAAGCGAUCCGCACGGAAAAGUGUGCCCUGCUGGGUAAGCUGAAGGAGCAAAAGAAGCACUAUGAAGACAUCAUUGGACGACAUCAAGAAUUUAUCGACCAAUUGAUCAAAGAUAAGUCGGGUCUGUGCGAUAAGGUAACGCAGCUAACACGCCGGCUGGACUCGCAAAACCAAAGCUGGGAGCACCGAUUAAAGACGGAACUCGAACGCGCCCGUGAUACGGCCCUUGCCGCUGAGAAAAUUCGCCGGGAGAAGUGGGUGCGGGAAAAUACGAAGAAAAUCAAGGAGCUUACCGUGAAGGGGUUGGAGCUGGAGAUUAACAAAAUGACUGCAACCCAUCAGAAAGAAAUUGGUGAGUUGAAGCGGCAGCACAAGGAUGAGCUGAUGUGCGCUCUCGAGGAGCUUAAACUGCAGUACGAGCAGAAGGAAGCGGACGUUCGGCAAGGGUUAACGAAAGAACGGGAGACUACGAUCGAACGGGAACGACAAGCGUUGCUGGAACGGUUCGAUCGGCAAGUCACGGAGGAGCGGAACAUCUUCGAGCAACAGCGCCAGCACCUGUUGAGUGAGUUCGAUCUCGAGAAGGAACGCCUUCAAAAGGAUGCGGCUCGCAAGGCACAGUACGCCGAGUCUCAGCUGGAAGAUCUCAAGCGCGAGAACAUCAAAAAUCUUGACUUUGCGCAGAAAGAGUACGUACAGAUGUUAAAGCAGCGGGAGGGUAAGCAUCAGGAUGAGCUGGAAAAGCUGCAGAAACAGUUCGAGUCGGAUUUUGCCAUCUGGAAGCGAGAGCACGAGCGAAAGUCAAAGGUGGAGCUGGAGCAGCGUGAAAAUGAGAUUCGUGCCCAAUGUCGCACGGAGCGUGAUCAACAAAUCGAUCGUAUCGUGGCAAAGGUGGACGCCGAAACGCAAAAGUAUCAGCAAGAAUUCGAUGCCAAAAUGAGUCGUUUAAAAGAGAAACAUGAAGCCGAACAGAAAGAAGCGGAAGCGUCGGAGGCGUUGAUGAAACAAAAGUAUCAAGACUCGCGAGUAAAGCUGGCUGAGGCGGAAGCUACGAUACAGAACAUGAAGGCGACGGCAAAGCAGACCGAAAUACAGCUUAACCACGCGAAGAAGCUCUGUGAUGAUCUGCUACAGGAGAAGGAAACGAUGCGGGACGAGGCACGGCGGGAGGUGCAGAAGGAUAUGACCAAUAUGCAGCGGGAACGAGAACGUGAAAUAGAACGAAUUUAUUUCAGAGUGCAACAAGCCAUCGAAAAGAAGGAUGCGUCUAUAGCGACUUUGCAAAAAGAAAUUGCAGGGCUAAAGGAACGUUGCUUGAAGCAGGACGCCAUCAUUCGUCAGCAGCGCAUGGAUUAUUGUACAAAAUAG